AUGGGAGCUGCAGGGCGCCUCGAGCUUACGCUGGCCGCCCCUCCCGAUCUGGGCCCAGCCUUUCAGCCUUCAAAAGUCAGGGAGACCCAAGGAGAGGAGGAAAGGAGUGAAGUGCAGAUCGCCAGAAGUGACUCCAUACAUCACAUGAGCCACUCCCAGGGGCAGCCAGAACUGCCCCCUCUGCCUGCUUCUGCUAAUGAGGAACCGUCUGGGCUCUAUCAGACGAUCAUGUCACACAGCUUUUACCCGCCCUUGAUGCAACGCACAUCAUGGACCUUAGCUGCACCCUUCAAAGAGCAGCAUCACCACCGUGGACCCAGUGAUUCCAUCGCCAACAACUACUCCUUGAUGGCCCAGGACCUGAAGCUGAAAGACCUGCUGAAGGUGUACCAACCGGCCACCAUCAGUGUCCCUAGGGACAGGACCGGUCAGGGGCUGCCAUCAUCAGCAAAUAAAAGCUCAUCAGAGCCCAUGAGGAAGAAAACGAAGUUUUCCUCCAGAAACAAAGAGAAUUCCACUAGGAUCAACUUGGCCUUUAAGACGUCAAUCUUCUCACCCAUGAAGAAGGAGGGAAAGCCAUCUUUGACGUUCCCAGGAAGCAGACCAAUGAGUCCAGAACAGCAGCUCGAUGUCAUGUUACAGCAGGAGAUGGAAAUGGAAAGUAAAGAAAAGAAGCCCUCUGAAUCGGACCUGGAGAGAUAUAAUUACUAUCUGACCAAUGGAAUUCGCAAAGACAUGAUUGCCCCUGAGGAGGGUGAAGUGAUGGUUCGGAUUUCAAACCUGAUUUCUAACACGCUGCUGACAAGUCCCUUCCUGGAGCCCCUGAUGGUGGUCCUCGUGCAGGAGAAGGAGAAUGACUAUUACAGUAGCCUCAUGAAAAGCAUCGUUGAUUACAUCCUCAUGGACCCAAUGGAGAGAAAACGGCUCUUUAUUGAGAGCAUUCCCCGCUUGUUUCCUCAAAGAGUGAUCCGGGCCCCUGUGCCCUGGCACAGUGUCUACAGGAGCGCCAAGAAGUGGAACGAGGAGCAUCUGCACACAGUGAACCCCAUGAUGCUCAGGCUGAAGGAACUGUGGUUUGCAGAAUUCAGAGACCUCAGGUUUGUUCGAACAGCAGAAAUACUAGCAGGAAAAUUGCCUCUGCAGCCUCAGGAAUAUUGGGAUGUGAUCCAGAAACACUGCCUGGAGGCGCACCAGACUCUUCUCAACAAGUGGAUCCCCACCUGUGCCCAGCUUUUUACCUCACGGAAGGAGUACUGGGUUCAUUUCGCCCCUAAGAGCAACUAUGACUCCUGUCGAAACAUUGAGGAAUAUUUUGCUUCUGUGGCAUCAUUCAUGUCGCUGCAGCUCAGGGAACUGGUCAUUAAGUCGCUUGAGGACCUCGUUUCACUUUUCAUGAUACACAAAGAUGGGAAUGAUUUUAAGGAGCCCUACCAAGAGAUGAAGUUUUUCAUACCUCAGCUAAUCAUGAUCAAACUUGAAGUCAGUGAACCCAUUAUUGUCUUCAAUCCGUCUUUUGAUGGCUGCUGGGAAUUAAUACGUGACUCUUUCCUGGAAAUUAUUAAGAACUCUAAUGGGAUCCCCAAGCUGAAAUACAUACCGCUUAAACUCUCCUUCACUGCUGCUGCUGCUGAUUGGCAAUGUGUGCAAGCAGCUGUUCAAGACCAACCUGGACUUUUCAUUAGAGAGGAAAACUGGGUGGAAUCUGUCCUGUUCCCAGAGCUGAAAGGAUAUAAUCUGAUCCUUGGAACUGUUAAUGCAGAAGAAAAACUUUUUUCUGAUUUUUUGAGUCAAACUUUCAAGGUAUUUCAGAAAAAUCAAGUUGGCCCACGCAAAUAUUUAAAUGUCUACAAAAUGUAUGAUGACUUACUGGAUAACACAGCAGAACAAAACAUCGCUGCGUUCCUGAAAGAAAAUCACGACAUUGAUGAUUUUGUGAUGAAGAUCAAUGCCAUAAAGAAACGGAGAAAUGAAAUUGCAUCCAUGCACAUCACCGUGCCUUUAGCCAUGUUCUGCCUUGACGCUACGGCCCUAAAUUACGAUCUCUGUGAGCGAGCUCAAAAUCUUAAAGAACAUCUGAUUCAAUUCCAAGUGGAUGUAAACCGAGACACCAAUACCAGCAUUUGUAAUCAGUACAGCCACAUUGCAGACAAAGUCAGUGAGGUUCCUGCCAACACUAAGGAGCUGGUAUUCCUCAUUGAAUUCCUAAAGAAAUCCAGUGAUGUCACUGUGUUCAAACUCAGGAGGCAACUUAGAGAUGCAAGUGAACGGCUGGAGUUCCUGAUGGACUAUGCAGACCUGCCACACCAGAUUGAAGAUAUCUUUGAAAACAGCCGGAACUUGCUCCUUCACAAGAGGGAUCAGGCAGAAAUGGAUCUGAUUAAAAGAUGCUCAGAAUUUGAGUCGAGACUUGAGGGCUACCACAGAGAACUGGAAGGUUUUAGGAAGCGCGAAGUGAUGACUACGGAAGAAAUGAAGCACAAUGUUGAAAAGCUGAAUGAGCUUUCAAAGAACCUAAAUCAGGCGUUGGCAGAGUUUGAGUUGAUCAAUAAGGAGGAAGAGCUAUUGGAAAAGGAGAAGAGUACCUACCCUCUUCUGCAGGCCAUGCUGACGAACAAAGUGCCUUAUGAGCAACUGUGGUCGACAGCCUAUGAGUUCAGCACCAAGUCGGAGGAAUGGAUGAAUGGACCCCUCUUCUUACUGAAUGCUGAGCAAAUUGCAGAGGAGAUAGGGAAUAUGUGGAGGACAACGUAUAAACUGAUCAAGACCUUAUCUGAUGUACCUGCACCCAGGCGCUUAGCAGAGAAUUUGAAGAUCAAGAUCGAUAAGUUCAAGCAGUACAUUCCCAUCCUCAGUAUUUCCUGCAACCCAGGAAUAAAAGACCGGCACUGGCAGCAGAUCAGUGAGAUUGUCGGCUAUGAGAUAAAGCCCACCGAAACGACCUGCCUCUCAAAUAUGCUCGAAUUUGGAUUUGGCAAAUUCGUUGAAAAAUUGGAGCCCAUUGGUGCAGCCGCCAGCAAGGAAUACUCUCUGGAGAAAAACUUGGAUAAAAUGAAGUUAGAUUGGGUUAACGUGACAUUCAGCUUCGUGAAAUACAGGGACACUGAUACAAGCAUCUUGUGUGCAGUUGAUGACAUUCAAAUGCUACUCGAUGAUCACGUGAUAAAGACCCAGACCAUGUGUGGCUCCCCAUUCGUCAAACCAAUAGAAGCAGAAUGCCGGAAAUGGGAAGAAAAGCUAAUUCGCAUACAAGACAAUUUGGAUGCCUGGUUGAAAUGCCAAGCCACCUGGCUGUACCUGGAACCAAUCUUCAGUUCGGAGGACAUCAUAGCCCAGAUGCCAGAAGAGGGGAGGAAAUUUGGCAUUGUUGAUAGUUACUGGAAAUCACUUAUGUCUCAAGCGGUGAAAGAUAACAGGGUUCUGGUGGCAGCCGACCAGCCACGGAUGGCCGAGAAGCUUCAAGAAGCCAACUUUCUCUUGGAGGACAUCCAGAAAGGGCUGAAUAAUUACUUGGAGAAGAAGAGACUAUUCUUCCCCAGGUUCUUCUUCCUAUCAAAUGAUGAGCUACUGGAAAUCUUGUCUGAGACAAAGGACCCUCUCCGAGUGCAGCCGCACUUGAAGAAGUGCUUUGAAGGAAUUGCCAAGCUCGAGUUUAUAGAAAAUCUGGAAAUUGUAGGUAUGAUCAGCUCAGAAAAAGAAACUGUUCCAUUCAUCCAGAAAAUCUACCCAGCUAAUGCCAAGGGUAUGGUGGAAAAGUGGCUCCAGCAGGUGGAGCAGAUGAUGCUUGCCAGUAUGCGAGAAGUCAUUGGACUUGGGAUUGAAGCAUAUGUCAAGGUCGCUCGAAAUCACUGGGUCUUACAGUGGCCUGGACAGGUGGUUAUCUGUGUCUCCUCCAUCUUUUGGACCCAGGAGGUGUCCCAAGCCCUGGUGGAAAAUACCUUACCGAAUUUUCUGAAAAAGAGCAAUGAUCAGAUUGCACAGAUUGUCCAGCUGGUGCGAGGGAAGCUGAGCAGUGGAGCUCGACUCACGCUCGGGGCCCUCACAGUCAUCGAUGUCCACGCCCGCGACGUGGUGGCCAAGUUAAUUGAGAACAGGGUCUCUGAUCUGAAUGAUUUCCAGUGGAUCUCACAGUUGCGCUACUACUGGGUGGCCCAGGAUGUACAGGUUCAGAUUAUCACCACAGAAGCCUUGUAUGGCUAUGAGUACCUGGGAAACUCCCCUCGGCUGGUGAUCACACCCCUCACAGACCGCUGCUACAGGACACUGAUGGGAGCUUUGAAGCUGAACCUUGGGGGUGCUCCAGAGGGUCCAGCUGGGACUGGCAAGACAGAAACCACCAAAGAUUUGGCCAAAGCCUUGGCUAAGCAGUGCGUGGUCUUCAACUGCUCCGAUGGUUUGGAUUACAAAGCUAUGGGGAAGUUCUUCAAGGGGCUGGCACAGGCUGGAGCAUGGGCGUGCUUUGAUGAAUUCAACAGGAUUGAGGUGGAAGUGCUGUCUGUGGUCGCUCAGCAGAUCCUCAGCAUCCAACAAGCCAUCAUUCGGAAGCUAAAGAUGUUCAUCUUUGAAGGCACUGAGCUCUCUUUGAACCCAACGUGCGCUGUGUUCAUCACCAUGAACCCCGGCUAUGCUGGCAGGGCUGAACUGCCUGACAACCUCAAGGCCUUGUUCCGGACAGUGGCCAUGAUGGUGCCAGAUUACGCCCUCAUUGGAGAAAUCUCCCUCUACUCCAUGGGGUUUCUGGACUCCAGAAGUCUUGCCCAGAAGAUCGUUGCAACCUACCGCCUGUGCUCGGAACAACUGUCCUCUCAGCAUCACUAUGACUACGGCAUGCGUGCUGUCAAGUCUGUGCUUACUGCUGCAGGAAACCUGAAGCUCAAGUAUCCAGAGGAGAACGAAAGUGUCCUGUUGCUCCGGGCAUUGCUUGAUGUCAACCUGGCCAAGUUCUUAGCGCAAGAUGUCCCUCUGUUUCAGGGAAUUAUAUCUGAUUUAUUUCCUGGAGUUGUUCUUCCAAAGCCAGACUAUGAAGUUUUUCUGAAAGUGCUGAAUGAUAACAUCAUAAAGAUGAAACUCCAGCCAGUACCUUGGUUUAUAGGGAAAAUUAUCCAGAUCUACGAAAUGAUGCUGGUGAGACAUGGUUACAUGAUUGUGGGAGACCCCAUGGGCGGCAAGACCUCUGCUUAUAAAGUGUUGGCUGCAGCUCUCGGCGAUUUACACGCAGCCAAUCAGAUGGAGGAGUUUGCUGUGGAGUACAAGAUCAUCAACCCCAAGGCUAUCACGAUGGGGCAGCUGUAUGGGUGCUUUGACCAAGUGAGCCACGAGUGGACGGAUGGUGUCCUUGCCAAUGCUUUCCGGGAGCAAGCGUCUUCACUCUCUGAUGAUCGCAAGUGGAUUAUCUUUGAUGGGCCGGUGGAUGCUGUCUGGAUUGAAAAUAUGAACACUGUUCUGGAUGACAAUAAAAAGGUAAGUAUUGAAAUAAUAGUAAUGAGUUCAUGAAUUAUGCUCUGUUUCAAGCACCUAGACUGGUCCUCUGUGUUUCCCAGGUGUGGAAUGAUCUACAUGGAGCCCCAUCAGCUAGGCUGGAAGCCUCUGAAGGAUUCCUACAUGGACACCCUGCCCUCCAGUCUCACUGAGGAGCACAAGGAAUUGGUCAAUGACAUGUUCAUGUGGCUUGUCCAGCCCUGCCUGGAAUUUGGUCGCCUUCAUUGUAAAUUUGUUGUCCAAACGUCUCCCAUCCACCUUGCCUUCUCAAUGAUGAGACUGUACUCCUCUCUACUUGAUGAAAUCAGGGCAGUAGAAGAGGAGGAAAUGGAAUUAGGUGAAGGCCUGUCAAGUCAACAAAUCUUUCUCUGGCUCCAAGGACUGUUUCUCUUUUCCUUGGUGUGGACCGUGGCUGGCACCAUCAAUGCAGACAGCAGAAAGAAAUUUGAUGUGUUUUUCCGCAACCUGAUCAUGGGCAUGGAUGAUAACCACCCAAGGCCCAAAAGCGUCAAACUCACCAAAAACAACACCUUUCCAGAAAGAGGUAAUUUAGAACCUGUCUCAGAACUCAUCAUCCCCACAAUGGAGACAGCCCGGCAGUCCUUCUUCUUGAAAACCUACUUAGACCAUGAGAUUCCAACGCUGUUUGUGGGCCCCACAGGCACUGGCAAGUCAGCCAUCACCAACAACUUCCUUCUCCACCUUCCCAAGAAUAUGUACCUGCCCAACUGCCUCAAUUUCUCUGCCAGAACCUCAGCCAAUCAGACCCAGGAUAUCAUCAUGUCCAAGCUGGAUCGACGACGGAAGGGCCUUUUCGGGCCUCCCAUAGGGAAGAAAGCAGUGGUGUUUGUGGAUGACCUCAACAUGCCAGCCAAAGAGGUGUAUGGGGCCCAGCCCCCCAUCGAGCUCCUGAGGCAGUGGAUUGACCACGGUUACUGGUUUGACAAGAAAGACACAACCAGGCUGGACAUCGUGGACAUGCUGCUCGUGACAGCCAUGGGGCCCCCCGGGGGAGGAAGGAAUGACAUUACUGGACGAUUCACUCGCCAUAUGAAUAUCGUUUCCAUCAAUGCCUUUGAGGAUGACAUUUUAACCAAGAUUUUCAGUUCGAUUGUUGACUGGCACUUCGGGAAAGGGUUUGAUGUGAUGUUCUUAAGGUAUGGAAAGAUGCUGGUCCAAGCUACUAAGACAAUUUAUAGAGAGGCAGUGGAGAACUUCUUGCCAACUCCCUCUAAGUCACAUUACGUCUUUAACCUGCGGGACUUCUCACGAGUGAUUCAAGGGGUCCUGCUGUGCCCUCACACACACCUGCAGGAUGUAGAAAAAUGUAUCCGACUUUGGAUCCAUGAGGUUUAUCGGGUCUUCUAUGACCGUCUGAUUGACAAGGAGGACAGAGAGGUCUUCUUCAACAUGGUGAAGGAAACCACCUCUAAUUGCUUCAAGCAGUCCGUAGAGAAGGUGCUUAUCCAUUUGUCACCCACUGGAAAGAUUGUCGAUGAUAACAUUCGAAGCCUCUUUUUUGGAGAUUAUUUCAAGCCAGAAAGUGAUAAAAAAAUCUACGAUGAGAUCACUGACCUGAAACAGCUGACUGUGGUCAUGGAGCACUAUCUGGAAGAAUUCAACAACAUCAGCAAGGCCCCCAUGUCCCUGGUCAUGUUCAGGUUUGCCAUUGAGCACAUCUCCAGGAUCUGCCGUGUCCUGAAGCAGGACAAAGGCCACCUGCUCCUGGUGGGCAUAGGGGGCAGUGGGCGGCAGAGUGCCACCAAACUGUCCACAUUCAUGAACACAUAUGAGCUAUACCAGAUCGAGAUCACCAAGAACUACACAGGCAAUGACUGGCGAGAAGACCUUAAGAAGAUCAUGCUGCAGGUUGGUGUGGCCACCAAAAGCACCGUGUUCCUCUUUGCCGACAAUCAGAUCAAGGACGAGUCAUUUGUGGAGGACAUCAACAUGCUUCUGAACACAGGCGAUGUGCCUAACAUCUUCCCUGCUGAUGAGAAGGCUGACAUCGUGGAGAAGAUGCAGACGGCAGCCAGGACCCAAGGAGAGAAGGUUGAAGCCACUCCUCUUUCUAUGUAUAACUUCUUUAUUGAGAGGGUAAUUAACAAAAUCUCCUUUUCAUUAGCCAUGAGUCCAAUUGGGGAUGCCUUCAGGAACCGCCUGCGGAUGUUCCCUUCGCUGAUCAAUUGCUGUACGAUUGAUUGGUUCCAGUCCUGGCCCAGGGAUGCCCUAGAGUUAGUGGCUAACAAAUUUCUAGAGGAUGUGGAGCUUGAUGACAACAUUCGGAUAGAGGUCGUCUCCAUGUGCAAAUAUUUCCAAGAGAGCGUCAAGAAGCUGUCACUCGAUUAUUACAACAAACUUCGAAGACACAACUAUGUUACCCCCACCUCCUACCUCGAAUUGAUUCUAACCUUCAAGACGCUCCUGAAUAGCAAGAGGCAAGAGGUGGCUAUGAUGAGGAACCGCUACCUGACAGGCUUGCAGAAACUCGACUUCGCAGCUUCACAGGUAGCGGUCAUGCAAAGAGAACUGACCGCUCUUCAACCUCAACUCAUCCUCACCUCUGAGGAAACUGCCAAGAUGAUGGUGAAAAUUGAAGCAGAGACGAGAGAAGCUGAUGCAAAGAAACUUCUGGUGCAGGCAGAUGAAAAAGAAGCCAAUGUUGCUGCUGCCAUUGCCCAAGGAAUCAAGAACGAAUGUGAGGGCGAUCUAGCUGAGGCAAUGCCUGCGCUCGAGGCUGCACUAGCUGCUCUGGACACCCUGAACCCGGCCGACAUCUCACUGGUGAAGUCGAUGCAGAACCCACCAGGCCCUGUCAAGCUGGUCAUGGAGAGCAUCUGCGUCAUGAAAGGGAUGAAGCCAGAGAGGAAGCCAGACCCCAGUGGCUCCGGUAAGAUGAUAGAAGACUACUGGGGGGUAUCCAAAAAGAUUCUUGGGGAUCUGAAAUUCUUGGAGAGUCUUAAGACGUAUGACAAAGACAACAUCCCCCCACUGACCAUGAAGCGGAUCCGGGAAAGGUUUAUCAAUCACCCGGAAUUCCAGCCGACUGUCAUUAAAAAUGUGUCUUCGGCCUGCGAGGGUCUGUGCAAGUGGGUGAGGGCCAUGGAGGUGUAUGAUCGCGUGGCCAAGGUGGUGGCUCCCAAACGGGAGCGACUGAGGGAAGCAGAGGGGAAGCUGGAUGCACAGAUGCAGAAGCUGAAUCAGAAACGAGCAGAGCUGAAGCUGGUGGUAGACCGGCUCCAGGCCCUGAAUGACGACUUUGAGGAGAUGAACACCAAGAAAAAGAACUUGGAGGAAAACAUUGAAAUCUGCUCCCAAAAGCUAGUCAGGGCAGAGAAACUGAUCAGUGGUCUUGGAGGAGAGAAGGACAGAUGGACCGAAGCUGCCCGGCACCUGGGGAUCCGCUAUACUAAUCUGACGGGUGACGUGUUGCUGUCCUCAGGAACCGUGGCUUACCUGGGCGCUUUUACAGUGGAUUAUCGGAUCCAGUGCCAAAAUCAGUGGUUGGCUGAAUGUAAGGACAAGGUCAUCCCCGGCUCUAGUGACUUCAGUCUCAGCCAUACGUUAGGGGAUCCCAUAAAAAUCCGUGCCUGGCAGAUUGCUGGGCUUCCCGUUGACUCCUUCUCCAUCGACAACGGCAUCAUUGUGUCCAAUUCCAGACGCUGGGCCUUAAUGAUUGACCCUCAGGGGCAGGCCAAUAAAUGGAUUAAGAACAUGGAGAAGGCGAAUAAACUGGCUGUCAUCAAGUUAUCUGAUAGCAACUACAUGAGGAUGCUGGAAAACGCGCUGCAGUUAGGCACCCCUGUCUUGAUUGAAAACAUUGGUGAAGAGCUGGAUGCUUCUAUCGAACCUAUCUUGCUCAAGGCAACAUUCAAACAGCAAGGAGUUGAGUACAUGAGGCUGGGUGAAAACAUCAUCGAAUAUUCCAGGGAUUUUAAGUUAUACAUCACAACCCGUUUGAGGAAUCCACAUUACCUCCCAGAAGUUGCCGUGAAAGUCUGUCUCCUCAACUUCAUGAUCACCCCCUUGGGUCUCCAAGAUCAACUCCUUGGCAUCGUGGCUGCGAAGGAGAAGCCAGAGCUGGAAGAGAAAAAGAACCAGUUGAUUGUGGAAAGCGCAGAGAACAAGAAGCAUCUCAAAGAAAUUGAAGAUAAGAUCUUAGAGGUUCUCUCCAUGUCCAAGGGUAACAUCCUGGAGGAUGAAACCGCCAUCAAAGUUCUGUCCUCCUCCAAAGUGCUAUCUGAAGAGAUCUCGGAGAAACAGAAAGUUGCUUCCAUGACAGAAACGCAGAUUGACGAGACUCGGAUGGGCUAUAAGCCAGUGGCUGUGCAUUCCGCCACCAUCUUCUUUUGUAUCUCGGACCUGGCCAACAUCGAGCCGAUGUACCAGUACUCCCUGACUUGGUUCAUACAUCUCUACAUGCAUUCCCUGGCCCAUAGCACGAAGAGUGAAGAACUGAAUCUGCGCAUCGAGUACAUCAUUGACCAUUUCACCCUCAGUAUCUACAACAACGUGUGCCGUUCUCUGUUUGAGAAGGACAAGCUACUCUUCUCUCUCCUCCUGACCAUCGGCAUCAUGAAACAGAAGAAGGAAAUUACGGAGGAGGUGUGGUACUUCCUUCUCACUGGAGGCGUCGCGCUGGAUAACCCCUACCCCAACCCAGCUCCCCAAUGGCUGUCUGAGAAGGCGUGGGCGGAGAUUGUCCGUGCAUCUGCUUUACCCAAAUUGCAUGGCCUGAAGGACCAUUUGGAACAGAACCUGGAUGAAUGGAAGCUGAUCUAUGACUCAGCCUGGCCCCACGAGGAGCAACUCCCUNGAUCUUGGAAGUUCUGUCAAGGACUGGAGAAGAUGGUGAUCCUCCGAUGUUUGCGGCCUGACAAAAUAGUGCCAGCGAUCCGGGAGUUCAUUGCUGAACACAUGGGAAAGCUGUACAUCGAAGCCCCUACCUUCGAUCUCCAGGGAUCCUACAAUGAUUCCAGCUGCUGUGCGCCUUUGAUUUUUGUGUUGUCUCCAAGUGCAGACCCAAUGGCAGGCCUGCUGAAGUUUGCUGACGACCUUGGUAUGGGAGGUACCAGAACACAGACCAUCUCCCUUGGCCAAGGCCAAGGCCCUAUUGCUGCCAGAAUGAUCAACAAUGCCGUCAAAGACGGGACCUGGGUGGUCUUACAGAACUGCCAUCUGGCCACAAGCUGGAUGCCUACACUGGAGAAGAUUUGUGAGGAGGUGAUUGUACCUGAGAGCACCAAUGCCAGAUUCAGACUCUGGCUAACCAGCUAUCCAUCAGAGAAGUUUCCAGUGAGCAUUCUCCAGAAUGGAAUCAAAAUGACCAAUGAGCCCCCCAAAGGGCUCCGGGCCAACCUUUUGCGCUCCUACCUCAAUGACCCCAUCUCAGAUCCUGUGUUCUUCCAAAGCUGUGCGAAGGCAGUGAUGUGGCAAAAGAUGUUAUUUGGCCUUUGUUUCUUCCACGCCAUUGUUCAAGAGAGGAGAAACUUCGGCCCCCUAGGGUGGAAUAUUCCCUAUGAAUUCAAUGAAUCUGACCUGAGGAUUAGUAUGUGGCAGAUCCAGAUGUUUCUCAAUGACUACAAGGAGGUACCCUUUGAUGCUCUGACCUACCUGACAGGGGAAUGUAAUUAUGGAGGCAGAGUGACUGAUGACAAAGACCGGCGUCUCCUGCUGUCACUUCUGUCCAUGUUCUACUGUAAGGAAAUUGAGGAGGACUAUUACUCCCUUGCUCCUGGAGACACUUACUACAUCCCUCCUCAUGGCUCCUACCAGUCCUAUAUCGACUAUCUCAGGAGCCUCCCCAUCACAGCCCACCCAGAAGUGUUUGGCCUCCAUGAGAAUGCAGACAUCACCAAAGACAACCAGGAAACCAACCAGCUGUUUGAGGGGGUCCUGCUGACCCUCCCUAGACAGUCAGGAGGAAGUGGCAAGUCCCCUCAGGAAGUGGUUGAGGAGUUGGCGCAAGACAUUCUCUCCAAGCUUCCCAAAGACUUCGACCUGGAAGAGGUCAUGAAGUUGUACCCCGUGGUCUAUGAGGAAUCCAUGAACACCGUCCUAAGGCAGGAGCUCAUCAGAUUCAACAGGCUGACCAAAGUGGUUCGGAAGAGCCUCAUCAAUCUUCGCCAAGCCAUCAAAGGACAGGUCCUGAUGUCCUCGGAGCUAGAGGAAGUCUUUAACAGCAUGCUUGUGGGUAAAGUGCCAGCCAUGUGGGCAGCCAAGUCUUACCCAUCACUGAAGCCUCUGGGGGGCUACGUGGCUGACCUGCUGGCCCGCCUGACCUUCUUCCAGGAAUGGAUUGACAAGGGGCCCCCUGUGGUAUUUUGGAUCUCUGGAUUCUACUUCACACAGUCUUUUUUGACUGGCGUCUCUCAGAAUUAUGCCCGGAAAUAUACCAUCCCCAUUGACCACAUUGGAUUUGAGUUUGAGGUAACCACACAAGAAACAGUGAUGGAGGAUAACCCUGAAGAUGGGGCCUACAUCAAAGGGCUCUUCUUAGAAGGUGCCCGUUGGGACAGGAGAACGAUGCAGAUUGGGGAAUCUCUCCCCAAAAUCCUCUAUGACCCACUGCCCAUCAUUUGGCUGAAACCUGGGGAGAGUACAAUGUUUCUGCAUCAGGACGUGUAUGUGUGUCCAGUCUACAAAACAAGUGCCCGCAGAGGAACCCUCUCCACCACAGGUCACUCUACCAACUACGUCCUCUCCAUUGAGCUUCCAACAGACAGGCCCCAGAAGCACUGGAUAAACCGAGGGGUGGCCUCACUGUGCCAGCUGGAUAACUGAUGGCAUUGUCUCAAGACAGAAAAUAAAAAGCAUGUCUUUUUU